CGGACUUUGGCCACGAGCGCAUACGCAAACAGCAAACGACCACCAGCACCGCUUAAAGAAAGAACACGUUGGGGCUUCCCCGUUGCUUUAUGACGGCACUGUGCUCUCCGUUACGCACUUCAUUGUCAGCCCGGAACAAUCGUCAUUCAUCUGUUACCUAGCUACAAGGGCUACAAGCCCGCACAGCUACUGCCAUGCCAUUGCCCGUCCGUGUAAAAAUUCGCAGUCUUUUUUUAAUAACAAGUGAACCUGACAUUCCCCCCAACCUCACGAAAUAUGGAACAUCUCGGAUGACGACGCUCUAACAAUUUCUCACCACGGGGAAGGGGCCUGCCCCGUCGGGUGCGUGGGGCCACAUGGAGCCCCGCCGGUCGCUAGCGUGUCUUGGUCCCCCCUGGCCACUAGGGCCCCCUAGAGCCCCCCCAGGCCCCUAGGGCCGCCACCGCCGCCAGCCCUGGCACCGUCGCAGGCGGCCGCCGCCGCCCCCGCGCUCCGCCCACAUGAGCGCCAAGCUCAGCCCCCGGAACUCGGAAGUGAAGGCGCUGGAGCAGCGCGGGUACUACAUCGGACGGAAGGUUGGCCAGGGUUCGUACGCCAUCGUGCACGCCGCCGACUUCUGCGACGGGUCCGAAAAGCGCAUGCGGCUCGCCUGCAAGAUCUUCGACAAGGACAAGGCGCCACGUGACUUCCUCGACAAGUUCUUCCCGCGCGAGCUCGAGAUCCUCACCAAGAUCGAGAACCCGCACAUCAUCCAGGUGCACAGCAUCCUGCAGCGCGGGCCGCGCGUCUUC